AUGGUUUUGAGUAGAGUUAAAAGUUGGCUGACGUGGUCCUGGACAUAUUUGUGGGCUCUUUGGUUCAUUCUCGUCAUUGUACUUGUAUACAUUCUACGUGGUCCACUAAAAAUUACCGAGUCGAUUGAAAAUGGUUGGUUUUCACUAGAAACUUCCUCGUCCUAUUUCAACAACUUAACACCAAAAUUCUAUGUUGCGUUAACUGGUACCUCAAGCCUUGUUUCUGGAAUAAUAUUGAUUUUUGAAUGGUGGUACUUUAAAAAUAAUGCGGUAGAUUCCGUGAGCGAGGAUGGAAGCGAUAAUGAGGAUGCGCUGGAAAAUCAGAAAGCAAUACCAGAAUGCAAAGUCUGGCGGAAUCCAAUGGCUUUGUUUCGUGGUGCAGAAUAUAAUCGUGUGAAAACCGUGAUGAAUCUCGAUCCGCUCACAUACUACGAUAUGAAUUUGUCGGCACAAGACCAUCAAAGUUUCUUCACUAGCGAUGAGGAUGUAGGGAGGCCUGAUUAUGAUAUAAUGCAAGUUGCGUGGCGUGAAAGGGAUAGUGCGUCCCGAAUAAAUGCGGCUCGAGAAGCUCUACACAUAAACCCUACGUGUGCCCCAGCUCUCAUAUUAUUAGCCGAGGAACAGUGCGAGACGAUAACGGAAGCAGAAGUGAUGCUGAGACGAGCUUUGAAAGCGGUUGACAGUAGCCUCGGCCAGUCGCAAUCUGGUCAAAUAGUUCCACACGAACGCUCAGGGGAUAUGUAUCGUCAAGGGCGACGUCGAGAUUUCCACAUGCAAAUAUAUAUUCGACGUCGGCUCGCCAUGUGUGCACGGAAACAGGGUAGGGUACGCGAAGCUAUCAAAACGUUCAAAGAUAUUAUUCGUGACGGCUCUAUGAGCAACAUACUAGGCGUACAAGAAAACCUCAUCGAAGCUUGCCUGGAAAUGCAAGCGUACGCUGAUGUGCAGGCACUUCUUGUUCGCUACGAUGGUUUUGAUUUACGAGAACCGAGAUCUGCAGUUCUAAGUUAUACAUCUGCCCUUCUCAAGGCUCGUGCUGUUGCUGACAAGUUCGUUGCGGAUAUUUCUACAAGGCGGGGUCUAUCGUCGGCAGAAGCGACUGCAAUCGAAGCCAUAACCAGAGCAAUCGAAUUCAAUCCCCAUGUGCCUCUUUACUUACUAGAGUUGCGCCCAAUGAUUCUCCCUCCCGAACAUUAUUUGAAGCGUGGAGAUUCGGAAGCCAUUGCGUACGCGUUCUUUCAUAUACAGCACUGGAAGCGAAUUGAUGGCGCCCUACAACUUCUGCAAUAUACGUGGAAAGGAGAUUUUGCAUCACGUUUUUCAAUGAGUGGAUAUUGCUAUCCGUAUUCACCUCAACUCGAAUCAGCUGACAGGGAACUCCUUCCUGCGUGGCACGAAGUCUCUGUGUUCCCGAAAAAGGAAAGUCCGGUAUGGGCAUUGCUACAAACUCUGUCGUGCCUGGCUGUAUGCACAAUAGCACUUCUAGUUCAUCACUAUCCGACGAGUACUUUCGAAGCCAUCCACUUUGCUCUUUCUGCAAGCGUGUUAGGAGUGCAACGACUGAUUGCACACUUUCAUCACUGGAUUCCUGAAAAUGUGAUCGGUUUACUCGCUUCGAAACCAGCUCAAAUUGUAAUAGAAAACAUGUAG